AUGGCCGACAAAAAGCCCAAGGAAGGAGUCAAGACUGAGAACAGCAAUGAUAUUCAUUUGCAGGUCAGGGGGCAGGAUGGUUCUGUGGUGUGGUUUAAGAAGAGGCAUACACCACUUAGGAAACUAAUGGAAGCCUAUUAUGAACAACAGGGUUUGUCACUGGAACUGGAAGAUGCAGGUACACUUGAUGUGUUCCAGCCCCAGACAGGAGGUAUCUGCUAA